UUGUGUGUCCCCUGACAUGCAUGAACGGAGGUGUGUGCAGUUCCAGGAAGCACUGCCUGUGCCCUCCCGGCUUCACCGGUCGGCUCUGCCAGUUUCCACUACAGCAACCUCAGGCGGCACUCGGUAACAGGCAGCCUGUGUACCCCGCCUCUCUGAAGCCAGACGGCCUGAAGCUCGUGGAGCAGACGUCCUUCGGGCGCACUCAGCUCACACAGACACACUCGGUUUUCACUCUGCCUCUGUCACAAGCGGGGCACCACUCAUCAGAAGUGCAGAUUAACGUACGUGUUCACCACACACCUGACACCUCAGUCGUCAUUCAGCCUCACGAGCAAUCAGACGCCAAGCCUCCUCACAAAACAGGGCCAUGGCAGAUCCCAGCAAGACACAAACCAAAGGGGCGCUGCUUUCAGGAGACCACCCCCAAACAGGCUUGCAACAGCACCCCACUUCCUGUUCUGACCAAUCAGGAAGACUGCUGUGGCAGCGUGGGAAACUCAUGGGGACAAAACAAGUGUUAUCAGUGUCCCAAAUUACCAAUGAAGGAAAUCAAACUACAGAAACUCGUCUGCACUUCCCACAGAGACCCUUCCACCGAGGCCUGUGUGGACAUACUCGCUCAAUGA